AUGAAUAAUUUUGAAAUUCGUGUUAUGCUCUGCCACUAUUGGAAGAAAGGCCUGUCUACAAGAGCUGCUGCUGCCGAAAUCUGCCAAGUGGAAGGCGAAGGAACGAUCGGGAAAACUGCCGCGAUAAAAUGGUUAAAGCGAUUCGCGGAUGGCGAUUUUGACUUCGAAGACAAGCCUCGUUCUGGCCGACCAUCUGUUCUGGACGAAGAGGACUUGCGUGCCGCUUUGGAAGACGAGCCGUCAUCAAGCACUCGCGAUUUGGCCAAUGAUCUUGGAGUCGCGCAGCGGACCGUUGUCAAUUAUCUGCACAAGUUUGAUUUGGUCCACAAGAAGCCACGACAAGAUCCUCACGAACUCACUGAAGCACAAGCUAUACGACGUGUUGAAGUCUGCCGCCAACUGCUCGACAAUUCGUUGGACGAUCAGUCCUGGAAGCGCAUUUUGACAUGCGACGAAAAGUGGAUUUUCUUGGUCAAUCGUGAUCGUUUUAGGCGCUGGGUUCCACGAGAUCAAAAUCCGCCACCGGUUGCUCGUCAAGAUCUUUUCGGCAAGAAAGUCACGUUGUGCGUCUGGUGGAAUGUCGAUGGCGUUGUGCACUUUGAAUUGGUCCCUGAUGGUCGAGCCGUGAAUGCCGAGCUGUACAGCGAGCAAUUGGAGCGCGUCUACAACGUCUUAAAGCAGCGCUACCCGACGUUGAUCCGCCGAAAACGUGCCAUUCUCCAACACGACAAUGCUCCAGCUCAUCGUGCCAAUUUGACCAAGGAGAAGCUUGAUGAACUUGAUGGUGUAAAGGUUCUACCGCAUCCGGCUUGCAGUCCCGACCUUGCUCCUUCUGAUUAUGGCUUGUUUCGUUCAAUGGGGCACUUUGUGCGAGGACGACGAUUUGAAACUUUUGAUCAAGUCGAAGCAGCGUGCCGUGAAUUCUUUGAGUCCAAGGAGCCGCACUGAUAUCGAGAUCAGAUUCGACAACUUGCAGAACGCUGGUGUAAGGUCAUUGAGAAUGAUGGGUUGUACUUUGAAGAAUAAUUGUUAUUGGUUUUGAAUAAAUUUAUGCAUAAAAAAGAAUUUUUUUGCAAAUGACCGAGAAUUUUUUGCUCAACCUAGUAAUUCAAUCAAAAGCAACAAAACGUUUUUCGACUCGCGACUACUGAGGAAAUCAGUAGUGAUCCUGAUGCAAAAUAAAUGUUGAUUUCUACUAAUCCCUUCCAUACUCCUUGGCCUUCAUUGUCUGUGGCCAGUUCUGAGCACAUUAAAAAGAUUAUCAGUCUCUAGAAAUGUUUUUAAAGGAUUAGUGUCUCAUUAUAUUUUCACGGGUACAAUGGAUAACGAUUCUGCUUACCUUCAGCUCUUUCUUUCAUCAAUAAUGGCAAUGUCUUUGCCCACUUUAUUGAAAGUAUCACGCUUUCACAAUCAGCAUCCUACACGAUACUCAUUUAAAUUUCGUUGUGAUGUUUUUUUGCCCUUUGAAGGAGAGGAUCACAAAAGAGAACACAUUGACGACAAGCGCACAUGAAGGUCGACAUGCUUAAGCAAAUAACUUGAGAUAUGCCGUAUCUACCGACUCUUUCUUUUUUUCUUCCUCUCUCGUUUUUAAAUUUUUUUCUUUUGCGAUGGCUGCGUUGCCCUCAUCAUCAAAGCAUGGAGUAACACUAUAUAUAUGAUCAAUGAGGGGUGUGGAUGUGAGUGUGGUAGUGUUCGUGUUGUUGUCGAGGGACUCGAAACACACCUACAUCCACCCACAGUCGUAUCAGUCGAUGAAAAUCAGAUGCUUUGCCAAAUAUUUUACAUAGGUGCCAGCGAUGCUUUUCAGUUAGUUCACUUUUUAGAGAUAUUUCUAGAGUAUGCAAUAAUUCCUUUUUUUUCUGUUUUGCAAACGAAACGUAACAACAAACAUAGAAAGACAAACCAACAGGAAAAAAAACGGAAGUCAUAAUUGAUCGAAAUGCUUCUUUUUCAUAAUGACAUAUUAUAGAGAUAGUUAUCAUCGUUUCAAGUCUAAAAAAAUUUAAAACAAGAAAUUCAGUUGUAGUUUGAUAGCAGUUGAUUUGUUAUCAUAAUAAUAGAUAGAAGAUGGUAAAACACUAAUCCUAAUGGUGAUUAUAUCGAUUAUCAGAAGUAACAAAAUUGAUAGCCACGCCUUUUCGACUGAACACAUCACCAUGCCCAACAGUUAACAAAAAAAAAUCACUUAAUUUCUUUCCAUUUCGAAAUCAUUGAUUUUUACCGGUGGAUAUAACCCUCACGAUUAUUCGGUAGAUCAUAGCUGAUCUUGAUCACAAGACUAACUUGUUGUGCAUCACCAUCAUGUGCAAGUAAAUCUGUUAUGGGUGUGGGUGCAAGCGAAGAGCAAAUCAUGCCCACACCAACCUUCAUCCACCAACACCCUCAUUGUGUCGAAUGUCUGCGUAUUGAUUCACUGCGCUAUUUAUACCAGACAAUCAGGCGUAUCAUCAUCAAUCUUCAAUUAAGCCAUAUUACCAAAUUCAUAGAAACAUGAAGCAAUAACACCAGUGAUUUGUCACGCCACUACAUAUUUGAAAGGCUUUUUUCCAUGUACUUAAUGAAUCACUUGCGAGAACUUCGAUGACGCAAAAUUCAAUUGCAGACUCAAUGAAUAGUUUUCUUCGAAUCAGUAUAGUGAGGAUGAGCAUUUGAUUGGAAUGUGGAUAGAGCAUAGGUAUGAGUGAAAGCGGCUGAGACUGAGUCUGUGCAACCUAUAUACAUAUGAAAAUAAUGAUACGUCGCUACAUAAUGGAUUUCCACUAUGUGGGGUGUGGGGUGUGGGUGUGGGUGUGGGUGGGUGUGGGGUGUGGGUGUGGGUGUGGGUGUGGGUGGUGGGUGUGUGUGGGGUGUGGGUGUGGGUGUGGGUGUGGGUGUGGGUGUGGGUGUGGGUGUGGGUGUGGGUGUGGGUGUGGG